GGACUCCACCAUCACGACUUAGCUUCAAAGGCAAAGACGUGAAGCCCACGUAACACGAACCACCCUCCCAAAACUGACAUUGUACCACAACAACAAAAAUAAAUCAGAGUUGGAACGAUUGAGAAUGAGACUGAAGGCAAGUUUGAUUAGCUUGAAAUCAAAGCUUUCAAAAUCAUGCAACAGACUCAUCUCCUUCUUCCAUGCUCGUUUUCACAAUGUCAAUACGACCACACAAUCUUCUUCUUCUAGUUUGUUGUCUCGUCUCUGUUUUCUCAAUACUGAUAAGGAGCAGAGGAUGAGCCAGAUAAGACCCAGAAGUUCACCGUCUAGUCUGAUCGAUGAUUCCAAGCUUCUGCAUUCAAGAAAGAUGUUUCCUUUGGCUGUGACGCAAAGGAACAAGAAAGCGAGGACGAGUCAAAGACAUAUGCUGAAGGAAGACGGUGUGAAAGAGGCUUGCACAAACUUCGAGAACUACAUGAUCCAUAUGAUCGUUGAAGAUGGGAAAUUAGAUGACUUGAUGGACAUGGAAGAGCUUCUCUAUUAUUGGAAGAAUCUUAAUAGUCCUAUCUUCAUUGAUCUUGUGACUAGAUUCUAUGGAGAGCUCUGCACUGACCUGUUUCCAAGCGACAAUGACGGUUAAAGAUUAUUGAAAUGGGUUUUAUAUAUUAUGUUAACACAGAGUAUCUUUCUCUGUGUUCUGUUGUUUUUGUAAGUAUUGCAACUUCAAGUGACAGGAACUUGAUUUCACUACAAGUAAUCACUGAAAGAAAAGAGAAUAAGAAAAAUAUUUAAUGGAUG